UGAAGAAAGAACAUGUAUAAAAGAUAUCUUUUUUUUUGUGUGUUGGAGAAGAACCAUGUAGAAGAGAAAUAUUUUAUAUGUUUCCUAAGUAGACGUUUGGCCAUAGAUUCCAAAUAUUUUUUCUCUUUAUUUGAACUUAUGAAGUUGGAGCUGCUUUUGGUUAUACUUUUUGCAAAGGAGAGAAAAGAGUACUUUAUUUUGAAUUUAUGAAGAUGUAGUUGGAAAACAGGUUUGGGGCACUUUUCUAAAUUUGGAAUUCGACUCUGAGUUGGAUUUGGAAAUUUUAUAAACAAGCACUGAUUUUGAAAUAAAGUUAAAAAUUAUUCCGAGAAAAAGUGAGUAAUUCUCAUGGCCAAACGGCUCCUAAGGAUUUAGUUAGCUACAAUAUUUGCAUGAAUGCCUGAUUGAUUCAUGUACAGUGGCCAUACAUAGAGAUGAAGAAAUUCUUCUUUUUCCGAACAUCAUCUAGUGAUGCAAACAACAACCGUUCACCACCAUCAUCAGACAGCAUUGGCAAAUCACAAAGCAGAAAGGAAGUUUCUUCUCCAUGUCUUAGAAGGAGUCUUUCAUUGUCUUCUGGAUCCUUUUACGACUCAGGAAAAAAGAAUUUCACGGAUCCGAGCAGAUCUCCAUGUCACAGUAAGAAAGUUCAUCCUAAGAAAUCGGGUCGUGAUUCAUGCCGUGGUCGUACACGUACUCCUGAGAGGCAACCCCCGGAAAGUUUCUUCCAGACAUGUGAUGCAGAAAAUGGUUAUUUGGUAGGGAAGCAUUCUGGUGCGUCUUUCAGAACACACCACUAUGAUCAUCCAUCAGAGAGCUCUUCUCAUUGCUCCAGUAAUGUCUCUAGCAAGGUUUUAGAUCGGUAUAUAGAUGGGGAGCAAGAGCAGGAAAGCAGACAAUUGCCUCCAAGAGUUCACCUUACUGCUCCUGGUUCGCCACUACCUGAUGUCAGGAAGCAGAGACCGAUAUCUCAAUCUUUCAGAGAAACAAAGCCGUCUAAACUUUCUUUUACAUCUGGAGAGUUUGGUGAGAUAGGUUUUGAAAAUGAAUCUCCGCGAAAACUUGCGAAGAAGGUGGUUGAGAGGCUCUCUCAGUCUCGGUCACUGGCGAAAAUAAGUCCAGAAGAUUUUGAUUCCGAUGGUCCAAUUACUAUUGAAGAUAUCUACAGUGGAAAUUUAAGUAGAUGUCCAAGUGUAUGUUCUGAUGGUGUUCCCCGGAAGAGCUGUUCGGCAGAUGAUUCUAAUGGUAGGACCUACGAAUAUCACCAUGAAGAGAUUCCAGGCUUUGGUGAGAGAAAAUAUUUGGGAACAGAAGACGAUUCAGAUUCGGUGUUAUUGAGAAAACUUAAGGAAGCUGAGGAGCGUGCUGUGUUGCUGUCAGAAGAGCUUGAAGACAGAAACUUUCUUCACGGCAGAGGCCUUAGUGUUCCAGUGUUGAUUCAGACUAUUAGAAGGUUGACAGAGGAGAAGGUACAAAUGGCAUUUGAAGUUACAAGCAUGCUACGGAAUCAAGUUGCUGAAAGGGCUUCUGCCAAGGAAGAAGCUAGACUAUUGCAGGCAGAAUUAGAUUCACGGACCCGAAGGUUGGAGACAGAAAAGAAUGAGUUACAAUCAGCACUGGAACAGGAGUUGGAUAGAAGAUCCAGCGAGUGGUCUCUAAAACUUGAGAAAUAUCAAAUUGAAGAACACAGACUCCGUGAAAGGGUGAGGGAGCUUGCAGAGCAGAAUGUCUCUCUACAAAGGGAAGUCUCUUCGUUUAACGAGAAGGAAGUAGAUAAUAGAAGCAAGAUAUCAUCUUCGGAGAAAGAACUCGAAGAUUUGUCUAAGAGAAUAGAUGAGGUGUCGGAGGAGAAUCAAAAUCUAAGGCAGCAGCUUUCUCAGUUACAUGAGGAUUAUCGAGUAGCUCAAGACGAUCGAGAAUAUGUCCGGGAAAACUACCAGGAAAAGGUUAAAGAAUGUGAGGACCUGCACAGAUCUAUUGCUAGAUUGCAACGGACUUGCAAUGAACAAGAGAAGACAAUUGACAGUCUACGAGGAUUUUGUGAGGGUGUUGGCAAGAAGAGUCCAGCAAACUACGACAACCAGUUGGAGAAGUCGCAAGUAGAGCAAAUAAGAUUGGUAGGCGUGGAGCGUGCUUUAAGGAAGGAGGUGGAGUCUUGUAGGAUCGAAAUCGAUUCUCUAUGUCAUGAAAAUAUUAGCUUAUUGAAUCGUUUAAGAGGCAGCGGAAAGGAGGGCGGGUUCUCAACUUUUAAGCUAGAUCAGGAAUUAUGCAAUCGUGUUUGCUGCUUGCAGAAUCAGGGGCUCAAUUUGCUUAGAGAGAGCAGCCAGCUUUGUGGAAAGCUAUUAGAGUACACAAAAGAAAAUGUCAGACAAAACGGGGGAAUUGAUGGUCAAUUCUUGAUUGAAUGCAAUGUAAAGAUGCAGGGUCUUAAGAGGGGAAUUGAAACUCUGACAGGCAGUUUGCAGACAGUAUCAACUGUGAUAAGUGAGAAGUCCUACCCAGUAAAUUCGGAUUCUCAGAAACCAGAUGAAAUUAAACAAUCAGAGCUCAAAUCAGAGACUUUGCUGACAACUAUGUUAAGGGAGAAGCUUUAUUCUAAGGAGAUGGAUAUAGAGCAACUUCAGGCUGAUCUGGCAGCAGCAGUCAGAGGUAACGACAUUCUCAAAUGUGAACUGCAAAAUGCGCUGGACACUCUUUCUUGUGCCAAACACAAGUUGAAAGAUCUCGAGCUUCAGACGAUAAAAAAGGACGAAAAUAUCAAUCAGCUUCAGAAUGAUUUGCAAGAAUGCAUGAAGGAACUUACCGUCGUAAAAGGUAUACUACCAAAAGUAUCUCAGGAGAGAGAUUUCAUGUGGGAGGAAGUUAAGAACUACAAUGAGAAGAACAUGUUGUUGAACUCUGAGAUCAACAUGUUGAAAAAGAAGGUAGAGACCCUCGACGAGGACAUACUUAUGAAAGAGGGUCAAAUCACAAUCUUGAAGGACAGCAUAGGCAAGCCUUUCGACCUUCUUGCAAGUCCUGAUUCUACUAGAGAAUUUCUGUUGGAGUGAUUGAUGGCCGACAACUGCAUUUUGUUCAUUGACUAGUGUUCAUACUUCUUGUAUACUUGCUGGCUUUACUCUUUUUGCUUUGUUGAUACUUGUUAAAUAGAUAACUUGCUUUUUACUCUUUUUCCUUUGAUACAUGUUAAAUAGAAAGUUUGCUUCUUUUUUCUCCCUCCUUUUGAAUCUCCAAUUCAAUUGUAACAUUUCCUUUUACUUGUGAUCAAGACAAUGAAUCCUUUUUUUUUCUA